CGUCUCGUCACUGCGCUUGGCCUACAAGGACCUUGAGAUUCAAAUGAAGAAAGAGGAGAAGAUGAACUUGAGCGGGAAAAAGAGAGCCGAAUCGGAGAGACUGGGCAUGGGCUUUGGAACCUGCAGAAGUGGCGUUUCACAUUCAGUGACCACGGACAUGCAGACCAUAGAGCAGGAGUCGCCAGUCCUGGCAAAGCCACGGAGAAAGUACACCGACGACAGCGACGACUCCUACUUCACUUCCGGCUCAAGGUACUUGGACGAGCCGCCGGAGCUGAGGGGUAGCUCUUUCUCCAGCUGGGACGACAGCUCCGAAUCCCCCUGGAAAAAGGAGAGCAGCAGAGACGUGGACACGGUGCUCAAGGCCAGCGGCUACGCAGACAGCCCCGCCGCUCGCCGCAAGCCAGACUGUGAGCCCCUGGACCACACGGACGAGGCCCAGAGGAAGUUCGGCAACGUCAAGGCCAUUUCAUCAGACAUGUACUUUGGGAGACAAGCCCAGGCUGAUUACGAGACCAGGGCGCGGCUGGAGAGGCUCUCGGCCAGCUCGGCCAUCAGCUCGGCGGACCUGUUCGAAGAGCAGAGGAAGCGGCCGGCAGGGAGCUACAACCUGUCCAGCGUGCUGCCCAGCGCCCCCGAUAUGGCGCAGUUCAAGCAGGGCGUGAGGUCCGUGGCUGGGAGGCUGUCCGUCUUCGCCAACGGGGUCGUGACCUCCAUUCAGGACCGCUACGGCUCCUAGUGCCGACCGGACGAGGCCCCUCCGAGGAAGCAGCGCCGCGAGGACGCCCCGGGGGCUCCGCGGCCGUGCUGCUGCCGUCCCGCCGGGCAGACGCUGGGCUCUGAUUCUUCCUGAUUCUUUGGAGAAAUUUCUGUUGUUGAUGUAGUAGAAGCUUUGUUCUAAUUCUGUUCCGUGUCCCUUCCUGCACACGCCCAAGCCGGCCCCUGCGAUUCCGUAGCUGGGGCCUGGAGGCGCCGGCUCCCCCUCCCGCCGAGGGGCCCCAGAACCAGGGCCGGGCCGAGGCGAGCGGGACUCGGCACACACAUCUUGUAAGGGGGCCGAGAAUAAAACCCAAGCCCGAAACCGCUGGUGUCCACUUUGACAGAUGUGCGUCGCUGUCAGAGCCGCCCGCCCCUCUGCAGAUGGUCUGCGUGGUACGGUCUGAAAUUCAAGGACAGGUUCAGGAGCGCUUUCAGCCAACCUAAGGCGCUGUGUCGCCACGGGAAUGAUCCCUCCGGACAGGGUGUCGCGUGUGAGUCCGUGAGAAGCCUAAGACGAGACUUCGCUCGCAGACGGGGAGGGCGCGGGGUGGGGAGCAGCCACAGGAGCCCCGCCACCGCACCUGGCUGGUUUUGUGACUAUUGACCUUGAGCUUGGUUUCCAAGAAGUCCGAGAGUGAGUAAGUCAGGGAAGAGACAGCGCCACCGCAUGCUGCCCCGCGGCGAGGCGUGUGAAGCUGGGCUGAACCAGCUAAGUUGUGCCUCUUUCUUAAAGCUCGCAUUGUAGACUCCCGCUGCACAAUAAACCGCGCAGGCCGCGCACCUGCUUGGUCUCA